AUGUCCACCCAUAGACUCGAAGAUGAAGAAGAUCAAUUAUCACCAAGAAAGAUAAGACAUAUGGACAAUUUGUCGUCCUCAGACUCAGAAUCGGUGAUGUCUACCUCUGACAGCGUCGACCCUGCAACUGGCAGCACGGGUAGCACCACUGUCUCCAGAUCUGGCAGCACCGUAGGACUGGCGUCUGUUAGGUCAAGAAGAGCUUGCGAAAGAUGCCGUCGUCGAAGAACGAAAUGCACUGGAGAACAUCCAUGCGAAGCUUGUAUUGCUUCAGGGAACGAAUGCUUGUUCCCCAGGAAGCCAAAGAGAAUUAUGGUGUUCGACACUGACAUUGAACAGUAUCAAUCAAAGAUCGAGACAUUGGAAUUGGAAAUUGAAAAAUUGAGAAAGGUGCCUGACACUGACUAUGACCACAAGGCAGACAAGUUGACUCUUUCAAUUUUGCUAGGUUCGCCUUCUUGUGAAAUGGUAUGUUGGAACUUGAACGAAUUUACCAUUGCCAACAAGGGAAUCUUUAGCGACAUAACUGUGAGUCCUGAUUUCUCUACUUUUAGAGAAGAGAUGUCUUACAAUUUCUUAUUCGGCAAUGUUUCCAGGGGCAAUGUUGAUAUGGAUUCAAUUAAGAAUUUGAACUACGAUACUCUUAUGCUGUUAUACACCUACGUGGUUUCAUUUAUUAGUUCGGGGUAUAUGACCGUUGACCACGAGAACUUCGAAAAGAAAUGCACCAAGUAUUUCGAAAACGGUUUGUUUAAACCAUCAAGUGUUAAUUUCAAGACCAAAGUUGAUUACUUUUUCUUGAAGGUUUUGGCCCUUAUGUCACUUGGCGAAAUUUACAGUCCAUUAUAUGUCCUUGGAGAAAGUAACGCACCCGAAUUACCAGGACUCAAGUAUUUCAAAAUAGUCAUCAAGUAUCUUCCAUCAGAAUUUAGCUUCUUCGGCAAUCGUGAUGUCAACGACACUUUGGAAAUAAUUGAAUUAUAUUGCUUAAUUGCAAUUUAUCUAAGAAUUUUGGAUAAAAAGAUUGCUUCGGUUCUGUUUACAUUGCAUGCUUUACAAUUGUGCAUUUCAUUAAAUUUACACAAGGACAGACAUCUUAGGAGUUAUGAAAUUAACGAGAAACCCCAACAUUAUAUCAACAGAGUUUGGUGGGGAACCUUUUGCUUGAACAGAUUCUUCAGCUCAAGAAUUGGACAACCCGUGCUUGUCAGCAUCGACACAAUAAGCAACAACGCGUUAUUCGAUGCCCCUCAACUUGCUCUUGAAGCAAAUAAUUCUGUCAACAGUAGUAUGAAAUGCUAUAUUGAAUUGUCUAAGAUAGCGGACACAAUUACAAAUGAGCUAUAUUCAACAUCAUUCAACAACAAACAAUAUCUACAAUCCAUCUUGUCUAUCAUGGCAAGGCUUUUUGACUGGAGUGCCAAUAUUCCCGAAAGUUUAAAAUUGUCAUUUCCCAUCAAAGAAACAGAGCCAAUAAACAGAUUAAGCUGUUCAUUGUAUUUGAACUAUUUACAUCACAUCUACCUUACUUGCAUUCCUAUACUAUUGAAUUUUGCAAAGAUGCAAAUAAGCACCUACUUCAAGUUAAAUCAGUUGAUGUACAAUCCUCUCGUUAUAGAUGAUCUUCCAAAAAACAUCAGCAGGAUUAUUCAGUCAAUCAUAAAUAGUGGGCACCUAACCAUGCAUAUUUUUAAGGCUUUAUACAAAGGGAAGUUUGUUCGGAUUUUUGGAUUCACAGACAUUGAUUAUCUUUUCAGUUCAUCAUUGAUUUAUCUAAUUUGCAUAAUUUUGAGAAUUGAUCUGACUAAUGAAAGGAGCCAUAUUUUUCAAGAGCAAUUGGAAAACUCUAUGGAUUGGUUGAAUCAAAUGCAAAAAGGGGGGAACUUGAUUGCAAGGGGAAAGCUUAAUCAAAUUGUUUCAUUGGUAGGUAAUCUCGAGCCAAUGCUACUUGAUUUGGGCCAUAAUGUUUUGAUACAAAAUCUCAAGAAAUAUAAAGAAGUCCGAACCCCAACAAAAAGAUCACCACGCUCCAGUCACUCUGAAGGUUCACUGAUAGUUAAGAACCAAAUUCCUAGCAUUUUUACGCAUAUGGAAAGGAGUGUCGGAUCGUCAGAGUCACUUAAUAAAGAUUUGAAAUCCAAGCAAGCGUCAUCUUCCAAUAUUGUUAUUUCCUCAAUUGAACUGGACCAAACUGAGAUAGUCGAUAAUCACAGUCUAUUCUCCUGGGAUAUGUUUAACAAUCAAGAUUUUCCAAUUAGUCAACAGAUAAUUGAAAACCAAGCACAUUUUAGUCCAGUGAACAACGAUGACUUAAGCAUUUUCGAUUUUUUUGAAUGA